CCCUCCACGCCGUGGCGCACAAAGAAAAUCUCCCCUUUGCCCUGACGCUUUGCUAUUUCGCUAGCGCCGCAACAUACCCUCACGCUCCCUUUCUGGCUCGCAGCCCAGCCCACCCGACCCCCCAGCGACGCCCGCCAUGGCCGUCUCCAUGCUACACGCCCCCUCGCGGGCUUCCACGUCGUCGUCGUCGUCGUUUAUCCCCGUCUCGCGCCAGAACACAAUGUCGUCGCACGACGGUUCGCGCUCGGUGCGCCAAUCCAAGCGCUACUCGGUCACGGCCCUGUACCUGUCCAUGUCGGCAAAGGACAAGGAGCUGGAGAUUGAAGAUGACCUGGCAAGAGCGCAAAAGGUCCUGCGAGAACUAAAGGCCAAGAUCUCGUCGCAAUCCAAGAAGAACUUUGUCCUCGAGAAGGAUGUGCGCUAUCUCGACUCGCGGAUAGCCCUGCUGAUCCAGAACCGCAUGGCGCUGGAAGAGCAAAACGAAGUCGCAGACCACCUCGCAGACGGCCUUGAACUGCAAGAAGGCUUCUUCCCCAACGACGAAAAGACACAAAAGUACGGCAACCUGCUCUUCCUCCUCCAGUCGGAACCUCGACACAUUGCACACCUGUGCCGGCUCGUCUCCAUGGCCGAAAUCGAUGCGCUGCUGCAGACGGUCAUGUUCACAAUCUACGGAAAUCAAUACGAGAGUCGAGAAGAGCAUCUGCUGUUGACCAUGUUUCAGUCUGUCCUUACGUAUCAGUUCGACAAUACCCCGGACUAUAGCUCGCUACUACGCGCCAACACCCCCGUCUCGCGCAUGAUGACUACAUAUACCCGCCGAGGGCCUGGUCAAAGCUACCUCAAGGUGGUGUUGCAGGAUAGCAUUAACUCCCUCAUUGAGCUCAAGGAUCUGGACCUGGAAAUCAACCCCCUCAAGGUGUAUGAGAAGAUGGUGACUGAGCUGGAGCUCCAAGGAAACCUGCCGCCCAAUCUACCCAAGGGAGUCACUGCCGAGGAAGCCGCGGAGAACGAGACGGUGCAGAAUAUCAUCACGCCCCGGGUAAACAUGCUCAUGGAAAUUGCCAACAAUUUCCUCACAACGAUUAUCAAAGGCCUCGAGGAGACACCAUAUGGCAUCCGAUGGAUUUGCAAGCAGAUUCGAAGUCUGUCGAGACGAAAGUACCCGGAUGCCCAAGACCAGACCGUGUGCACACUGAUUGGCGGCUUCUUUUUCCUGCGCUUCAUCAACCCAGCCAUUGUCACGCCAAGGUCAUAUAUGCUCAUUGACGUGCUGCCAGCGGAGAACCCCAAGCGAACACUGACAUAUAUUGCCAAGAUGCUGCAGAACCUGGCCAACAAGCCGUCGUAUGCAAAGGAGCCGUACAUGGUCAAACUGCAGCCUUUUAUCCACCAGAACAAGGAGCGCAUCAACAAGUUUCUGCUCGACCUGUGCGAAGUGCAGGACUUUUACGACACACUGGAGAUGGACAAUUACGUUGCCUUGUCCAAGAAGGACCUGGAGCUUUCGAUUACGCUCAAUGAAGUGUAUGCCACGCAUGCGCUCUUGGAGCGACACGCAGCAGAACUCGCAAAAGAGGACAGCUCGCAUUUGGGCGUCAUUCUUCAAGAGCUGGGACCGGCGCCGGCUCAGCUUCCGCGCAAAGAGAACAGGGCCAUCAAUCUUCCGCUAUUCAGCAAGUGGGAGACACCGCUCGACGACCUGACGGCUGCGCUCGAUAUUACGCAGGAAGAGAUUUUCUUCAUGGAGGCCAAGUCUACGUUUGUGAUGAUUCUCCGCUCACUACCUGCCAACUCGUCCAUCACGCGACGGCCACUCCGACUGGACCGAAUUGCCGAAGCGGCUGCGACGACCAAGAACGACUCGGUCAUGGUCAAGAAGGGCAUCCGCAGCAUGGAGCUACUGAGCCAACUACAGGAUGCUGGCGUGAUUGACAAGGAGGACGGGUUUUCGCUGCUCCGAGACGAGGUGGAGCAAGAGCUUGUGCACCUGGGAUCCAUGAAGGAUAAGGUGAUUGAGGAAACCAAGAAGCUCGAGGAAGUUUUCCGGACGAUCCGAGACCACAACGGGUUCCUGGUGAGCCAGCUGGACACGUACAAGUCAUAUCUGCACAACGUGCGCAGCCAGUCGGAGGGCAAGACGCGGAAGCAGCAAAAGCACCAGGUACUGGGGCCGUACAAGUUUACCCACCAGCAGCUGGAGCGAGAGGGCGUGAUCCAGAAGAGCAAUGUGCCGGAGAAUAGGAGAGCCAACAUUUACUUCAACUUCACGAGCCCGCUGCCCGGGACGUUUGUGAUUUCGCUGCACUACAAAGGACGCAACCGCGGGCUUUUGGAACUGGAUCUCAAGCUGGACGACUUGCUGGAGAUGCAAAAGGAUAACCAAGAAGACCUGGACCUGGAGUAUGUUCAAUUCAACGUCAGCAAGGUGCUGAUCCUCCUCAACAAGCGCUUCGCUCGCAAGAAGGGAUGGUAGAUUCGUCUUCUCCCAGCGCGCGACACGUCACGAAACAUGUACGAUACCCCCGAUUGUCACUACGUAUUCCCCGCUGUUUGACGCCCGCACCACCGACGCUUACGCUCUCUCACAUUUUUUUUCUCUUGCCCAAUCUUUGAGCGCGGUUGCAUCUACGAAGCAUUCAUUCGCAUCUUGGCGCCGGAGUAUGGGAGUCGGUUGGGCG